GGAAGGAGCUCGAAAGAGGCCCCUGGAAUCUAACAGGCAGACUGGACAAACAGGCGGGGCAAAUAUCACGGAAAAGGCCAAGAAGCUUCAGGGACGCUCUUGAGAGACCAGCCCUAUGUGGAGGGAGGACUGGGAGUCCAGCCAGUAGGAACCUCACAGGCGCGACGUGGCUCGAAUUAGGCUCCUAAGCAUCCAUGAGCUCAGAAGCUCUCCCAGAGACGGCAAGGGCUGAGCUCGAGACCAGAGGCGGAUGCAGAUUGGAAAGUGCUUCUCCUUCAUCACGACCUACCAGGGAUGUUGCCUGGAAUGCAGUGUGUAAGGUCAUGAAGGUUUUGUGAUGGUGCAAUGCUCUGCAGUUUCAGCGUCAAAAGUAAACAGCCUCAACAGUCUGAAAUUCCAGGCGGGAACCAGCAAGUUGGUGCAAAACGUGGACCAAUGGCAAGGCAUUCCGCAUUUCAAUUUCAGAUCCAGUCCCACCGAGUCUCACAACAUGGCUCAGAUCCCAUCUAGAAUGUUCUGUUCCAUUGCAGGGGUCCCUUCUUGGAGAGGCAUCCUAACAAGCUGAAGCCUCUGUGAUCUGAUGAACGAGAUCAGAUCAAAACAGGAUGUCUGUCUCAUGCGAGGACACCAGGGACCUAUUCGUGGAUGACGGAUGGGAGCAAAGUAUUUGUCAUCACUGAAGCUGAUGUGUGACUAUAGUCGACCCUUGAACCAUGGGCCCAUCAGGGCACUGAAUCUUCUGCACAGUUGAAUAUCCACGCAUAACCUUGACUCCCCCCAAAGUUAACUAUGAAUAGCCCACUGUUGACUGGAAGCCUUACAGAUAACGAACAAGGAAAUCCCCCCAAAUCUGAAAAAUACACCAUGAAGUGCAGUGAAAAGGACUCAGCAGAUUCCAAAGACAGUGAUUUGGUGAGAAAGAAAUUGGACUGGUCCUGCUCGCUCAUUGUGGCCUCUCUCGUGGGUGCCUUUGGCUCAUCCUUCCUCUACGGGUACAACCUCUCAGUGGUGAACGCCCCCACUCGGUACAUCAAGUCCUUCUACAAUGAAUCGUGGGAAAGAAGGCAUGGGCAUCCUAUAGACCCAGAUACUCUGACUCUACUCUGGUCUGUGACGGUGUCCAUAUUCGCCAUUGGUGGCCUCGUGGGGACUUUAAUGGUGAAGCUGAUCGGAAAAGUUCUUGGGAGGAAGUAUACUCUGCUGGUCAACAAUGGGUUUGCAAUUUCUGCUGCACUGCUGAUGGCCUGUUCCCUCCAGGCAGGAGCCUUCGAGAUGCUCAUUGUGGGACGCUUCAUCAUGGGCGUGGAUGGAGGCAUUGCCCUCAGUGCGCUCCCCAUGUACCUGAACGAGAUCUCACCCAAGGAGAUCCGUGGCUCUCUGGGGCAGGUGACUGCCAUCUUCAUCUGCAUCGGCGUGUUCGCCGGGCAAGUGCUGGGCCUGCCUGAGCUGCUGGGAAAGGAAAGCACCUGGCCAUACCUGUUUGGAGUGAUUGUUGUCCCGGCUUUGGUCCAGCUGGUGAGCCUGCCCUUUCUCCCUGAGAGCCCACACUACCUGCUCUUUGAGAAGCAUGACCAGGCGGGAGCCAAGAAAGCCUUCCAGACUUUCCUGGGCAAAGAAGAUGUCUCCCGAGAGAUGGAGGAGGUCCUGAUAGAGAGCCGCGUGCAGAGGAACAUCCAGCUGGUGUCUGUGCUGGAGCUGCUCCGGAGUCCCUCCGUGCGCUGGCAGGUCAUCACAGUGGUCGUCACCAUGGCCUGCUACCAGCUCUGCGGUCUCAACGCGAUUUGGUUCUACACCAAUAGCAUCUUUGGAAAAGCUGGGAUCCCACCAGAAAAGAUCCCAUACAUUACCUUGAGCACUGGUGGAAUCGAGACUUUGGCCGCCAUCUUCUCUGGCUUGGUCAUCGAGCGCCUGGGACGGAGACCCCUUCUCAUGGGUGGCUUUGGGCUGAUGGCCCUCUUCUUUGGGAUCCUCACCAUCACGCUGACAUUGCAGGACCACGCUCCCGGGAUCCCGUACCUGAGUAUCAUCUGCAUCUUGGCCAUCAUCGCCUCCUUCUGCAGUGGGCCAGGGGGCAUCCCGUUCAUCUUGACUGGAGAGUUCUUCCAACAAUCCCAGCGGCCGGCCGCCUUCAUCAUUGCAGGCACUGUCAACUGGCUCUCCAACUUCGCUGUUGGCCUCCUCUUCCCCUUCAUCCAGAAAAGUCUAGACACCUACUGUUUCCUGGUCUUCGCUGCAAUCUGCCUCGCAGGAGCUGUCUAUUUCUAUUUUGUCCUGCCUGAGACAAAAAACAGAACCCAUGCGGAAAUCAGCCAGGCAUUUGCCAAAAGGAACAAGACACACCCACCGGACAACACUGACCCGGGUACACCUGAACCAAGGUGACCAGAAGGCCUGAGCCAGACCCCACCUCCACUCGGGACAAUUAUGCCAAAAACGGGGUUGUCUAAAUGGAUGAUCUUGCCAUUCCAGGAGAUCAAAGAUUUCCCUACAUGGUUACUAGUAUUAAGUAUUUAAGAAUAAACCUUUGCUAAUCUAACGUCACAA